AUGCGACAACCAGCAAUGCCCAUCCGCUCGCCCUUCGAGUCUUCCAUCGCGAAGCCGGGCCAAGGCACUGUCGUCCUCUCUCUCCUCCCACCAAACAACCCCACCCUCACUACUCUCACCUACAAAUACCCAUUGAAGCUCGUCCCCCGAGCUCCAGGAUUCGUCCCCAGCCCAGAAUCCUCUGCAUUGUCGGAUUCAUGUCCCUCAAGACCAGUCCAUCUCUACCUCCUCACCUAUGGCGGUGGUUUGCUGCCAGGUGAUCACAUCGAGGUGUCGAUCAAACUCGAGCCGAGGACCCGCAUGGUAGUGACCACGCCGCAGGGGAGCACCAAGAUUUUCAAGACCGAGCCCGGCAACGAGAAUGGCAUCAAAUUGAUCAAGGGUCAUCGCAAGCAGAUGCCCGCCAACCAACAUCUCGCCGACAUGAGUCAGCAAUCUCUGGACGUGAAAAUCGGCCGCCAAGCAGCGCUAUGCUACUUGCCCGACCCAUCUGUGCCCUUCAAGAACAGUCGCUACGCGCAAGUACAAACAUUUACCGUCGACGCCGCUGCCAAGGGUAACGAGCGCAGCAGUCUUUGUGUUCUGGACUGGGUUACACAAGGCCGGACGUCGCGCGGCGAAAACUGGAACUUCCGCUUCUGGCGCGGCCGUAACGAAGUUUGGGCUACUGACGAGACGACGGGCAAGAGCCGGCUCCUGCUACGUGACUCGGUCAUCCUGGACGAUGAGACCGAGGAUCUCAAUGACUCAGAUGAGGACCUUGACGACGACGCAGGCGAGAGUGGGCUCAAUAGCCACUCUGGCCGUGCUGAGACGCCACCACCGCAGGCCGGCUUGGUACCUUUGAACGUCAUCCAAGAACGUACGCGCCCGCACGGAGUCCUAGGUACGCUGAUCCUGUCGGGCCCAGUGUUCGACAGCCUCGGGUCAUACUUCAUGCAACAGUUCAACUCUCAACCUCGAAUCGGCAGCCGAAAUUGGUCCUCGUCUGCCCCGUCAUCGGCUCCCGAACCAUCGCUCAGCACCACGGGCGAUGUUAUCUGGACGGCAGCUCGCGUGCGCGCCGGAUUUGUUCUGGUCAAGUUCGGCGCCAAGGACUUCGAGACAGCCAAACACUGGCUCGGAGGGCUCCUUCGCGAAGAAGGCAGCAUAAUCCGAGAGUUUGGCGAGGAAGCUCUCUUCUGCCUUUGA